AUGUCUACCCCACAAGUCCCUGAGGAUCAACUUAUUGACCUUCUUCUGCAUCUCAAAAAGACGCCUCCGGACCAAGCGCGUACCAUUCUCAACUCGCAGCCCCAGAUUGCAUAUGCGCUCAUCACCCUCAUGACGAAAAUAAAUGCAAUCAAUGGAGAGGUGACCCAGAAAACACUUGCAACAUUCGGGACCUUACAGAAUGGAGUAUCCCCGCCAGCUUCAGUCCAAGCUGCUGCAAUCCCACCUCACAUGACCCCACAACCAAGCCGUGGAGGCACUCCUUUAUACCCAACGCCUCCGCCUAUAUCUUAUCCUGCUCAAGCGGCCCCGUCCAAUUUCCUCGUAUAUCCUACUGGAGGAAUGCCACAACCGCAACCAAAUGCAUACGGCGCCCCAUCUCAGGCCUAUGCAGCACCUCAACCCACAGUACCCGCAAUACCAGAUGCAUUGGCCGCCAUGCCAGAAGAACAGAGAGCUAUGAUCAUGAGCGUUAUUUCCAUGACCCAGGACCAAAUCAAUCGGUUACCUCCGGCCGAGCGUGCUAGCGUCAUUCAGUUG